GUCAAGAACGAUUUGGUCUUUUUUUCUUUUCCUCUCUCCCUCUCUUUUUCUUUCUCUCUCUGCUGUUUAUUACAACGCUGCAUUAUGGCUACCACGACAGAAACACCUUUGGACUUGUCAAAGCUCCAUGCCUUGUCCCAUGAAGUUAUCUCAAAACAGGCUACGAUCAACAUCGGUACCAUUGGACACGUAGCUCACGGUAAAUCGACUGUGGUUAAGGCCAUCUCAGGAGUUCAGACUGUUCGUUUCAAGAACGAGUUGGAGCGUAACAUUACCAUCAAACUGGGAUACGCAAAUGCCAAGAUUUAUAAAUGUCAAAAUGAGGCAUGUCCCCGUCCUGGGUGCUACAAGUCCUACCGCAGUAGCAUGGAGGACAACCCCAAGUGUGAACGUCCCUUCUGUGGUGGAACCAUGAAGCUAGAGAGACAUGUCUCGUUCGUCGACUGCCCUGGACACGAUAUUCUCAUGGCCACCAUGUUGAACGGAGCAGCUGUCAUGGAUGCAGCUUUGUUGUUGGUUGCAGCUAACGAAUCUUGCCCUCAGCCUCAAACUAGUGAACAUUUGGCUGCUAUUGAGAUUAUGAAGCUUGAGCACAUCAUCAUUUUGCAGAACAAAGUGGAUUUGAUCAAGGAAUCAGCCGCUCAGGAGCAUUAUCAGAGCAUCUUGCAGUUCAUCAAGGGAACCAUUGCAGAUUCUGCACCUAUCGUCCCUAUCUCUGCACAGCUCAAGUACAACAUUGAUGCUGUCAACGAGUACAUUGUCAAACGAAUCCCUAUCCCUGUCCGUGAUUUCACUGCAGACCCUCGUCUCAUUGUCAUUCGUUCCUUUGAUGUCAACAAGCCCGGAGCUGAGGUCGACAGCUUGACAGGAGGUAUUGCUGGUGGCUCCAUUCUCAGCGGAGUGUUAAAGCUUGGAGAUGAGAUUGAGAUUCGUCCUGGUAUUGUUACAAAGGAUAGUGAAGGCAAGAUCAAGUGUAGACCUAUUUUCUCUCGUAUUGUAACUCUUUUGGCAGAGAGUAACAACCUCAAGUUUGCAGUCCCCGGUGGUUUGAUUGGUGUCGGAACCAAGAUUGACCCUACUUUGUGCCGCGCAGAUCGUUUGGUUGGUCAGGUAUUGGGCGCAGUUGGCAAGCUGCCCGAGGUUUACUCAGAAUUGGAAAUCAACUACUUCUUGCUUCGUCGCCUUUUGGGUGUCAAAACAGAUGACAAGAAGCAGGCCAAGGUCACCAAGUUGACCAAGAAUGAAGUUUUAAUGGUCAAUAUUGGGUCGACCUCCACUGGUGGACGUGUUAUCCAGGUGAAGAACGAUAUUGCCAAGAUUGCUCUUACUGGUCUUGCAUGCUCAGAGUCUGGCGCCAACGUUGCUUUGUCGCGCCGUAUUGCCAACCACUGGCGUUUGAUUGGAUGGGGCCAGAUCACUCGUGGCUCUGCUGUCCCUAUUUGAGAAACUAGUGAUAGAGUUUAAAAGUGGAGAGUGAGGAAAGAUGCAGAAGAAUCUAGAGAGAAAUAUUAC